UUCAAUGGCUUAGAUUCAUUUGGUGCUUCUUUACACUACACUUCCCAUUCUUCUUUUAUAUAAAACGCACACUGCUAUUAGAAUAAUUGAAAUUUCAGUUACAAGCAACAAGAAGAAGCUAAGAAGAAACACCGAGCAGAAUAAAAGAUGGAGGGCGAGAAGAAGACAAAUUCGGGACCAGAAUUGAGACGCUUAGGGUUCGUAAGGAUUGCUGCUAUUCAGACUUUGGUGUAUGUUUCGAAUUUAUACAAUUACGCCAAGCAGAACUCUGGGCCUUUGAGAUCUACGGUUGGUACUGUGGAAGGUGCUGUUACCGCCGUAGUUGGCCCAGUCUACCGGAAAUUCAAGAACGUGCCUGAUGAUCUUCUUGUGUUUCUUGAUAAGAAGGUAGAUGAAGGCACACAAAAGUUCGAUAAGCAUGCUCCACCAGCUGCUAAGCGAGCUGUGAGUCAAGCCCAGAGUUUGAUACAGGUAGCUUCGCAGAAGGUUCAAGAGCUUGUGCAUGAGGCUAGUGUUGGAGGACCACGAGCUGCUGUGCAUUAUGCAGCUACAGAGUCUAAGCACUUGGUCUUGAACCAAUCUGUGAAGGCAUGGACUAAGGUCAACCAGUUUCCCGUCAUUCAUAAAGUUGCAGAUGUGGCCGUUCCCCCAGCUGCUUAUUUAUCAGAGAAGUACAACCAUGUUGUUAAGGACUUAAGCCAGAAAGGGUAUACGGUUUUUGGUUAUCUGCCUUUGGUUCCAAUUGAUGAGAUAGCCAAGGUAUUUAAACAAGAUGAAGCAGAGAAGAAAGGAAAUGCAACUGGACAUAAAUCUGAUUCAUCAGAUUCAGAUUAGAAGAUUGCAUUUUAAAUCUGAUAUUGUUUGCUUAUUCUAGUGUAGUGGUUUCUGAAAAUAUAGUAGGACUUGUGGGUCUGAGAAGAAAUGCUAAGAGAUGGCAAGUGUGUAAAUCUCUUACUUGUGAUUAUGAAUGUUGGAUGGUUUGUAAAUUCUGCCUUGUACUUUAUGGAUAUUUGUCCUUGAUGGAUACUUCUUGAAGUUUCUUAUCAUAUUCAACUAGUAUUGGGAAGUUUGUUAUUGAAAAA